AUGCUCUCGGUCUCGGGCUCAGCACGAACAGGACUCCGCCGUGGGGUUUUGUCGAAUGCAGCGUGGGCGAGAAUACGACAACUGUCGACGUAUGACACUGUCGUCAUUGGAGGAGGUCCAGGAGGCUACGUCGCAGCGAUCAAGGCUGCCCAGCUCGGACAAAAGACGGCGUGCAUAGAAAAGCGCGGUACAUUGGGCGGGACAUGUCUAAACGUUGGAUGUAUUCCUUCCAAGGCCAUGUUAAACAACUCGCACAUUUACCACCAGACUCUCCACGAUGUUAAAGCUCGUGGAAUUGAUGUCGAGGGCGUCUCUUUGAACCUUCCGAAUAUGCUCAAAGCAAAAGAUACGGCUGUCGCAGGCCUGACAAAGGGCGUCGAGGGUUUGUUCAAAAAGUACAAGGUUGAUUACAUCAAGGGGACCGGCUCAUUCCAAUCCGCCAACAAGCUCAAGGUCGCACUCACUGAAGGCGGAGAGGAAGAGCUCGAGGCGAAGAAUGUCAUCAUCGCCACUGGCUCAGAGGCGACGGCGUUCCCUGGUGUACCUUUUGACGAGGAGCGCAUUGUCAGCUCGACGGGUGCUCUUUCCUUAAAAGAGGUCCCAAAGACGCUUACUGUCAUCGGCGGUGGUGUGAUUGGUCUCGAGCUCGGUAGCGUUUGGAGUCGCUUGGGAGCAGAGGUCACCGUCGUCGAGUUUUUGGGCGGAAUCGGUGGCGUUGGUAUCGACGAGGAAAUUGCCAAGAGCUUCCAAAAGAUUCUCCAGAAGCAGGGCUUCAAGUUCAAGCUCAAUACCAAAGUCACCUCGUUGAAACGUGAGGGUGAUACCGUCACGGUUGAGAUUGAGAGCGCAAAGGAUGGCAAGAAGGAGACGAUUACCACCGAUGUUUGUCUCGUCGCCAUUGGCCGAAAGCCAUACACCGAAGGUCUCAACCUAGAAGCGAUCGGCGUCGAAGUCGACAAGAGGGGACGAGUCGUCAUUGACAAUCAAUUCAACACAUCGGUGCCCGGCAUUCGGUGCAUUGGAGAUGCCACCUUUGGUCCUAUGUUGGCGCACAAGGCCGAAGAUGAAGGUAUCGCUGCUGCCGAAUACAUCCAGUCCGGCCACGGACAUGUCAACUACGACGCAAUUCCAUCCGUCAUCUACACUCACCCAGAGGUCGCUUGGGUAGGCAAGACCGAGCAAGAGCUCAAGGCGGCGGGCGUCCAGUACAAGGUUGGAAAGUAUCCGUUCCUGGCAAACUCGCGCGCAAAGACAAACAAUGACCAAGAAGGAAGCGUCAAGGUUUUGAUCGAAAAGGAGACGGACAAGAUUCUGGGUGCUCACAUCAUUGGACCGAACGCGGGCGAGAUGAUCGCCGAAGCAACCUUGGCGGUAGAAUAUAGCGCAAGCGCAGAAGACGUUGCGAGAACCUGUCAUGCGCACCCAACGCUCUCGGAAGCGUUUAAAGAAGCCAACAUGGCGGCAUAUGACAAGCCUGUCAAUUUCUAA